AUGCGCGACAAGCGUGGGAAGCCAGCACAGCAGCGUGAAAUUAUCCACCUCACACUCGGAAACGUGGCUCCAAGAUCCUCACCGUCGCGCAAGCGAGGCCUCUUGCCAAUUCAUUUGCUCGAGCUAUGGGCAAUAUGGAAGGAGGACCAGCGCGUUCCGUCUGUCGCAUCUAGACGCGCUUGGGCUAUCUCUCGUAAUGCAAACCCUACCCUCGUCAGCAGCUGGUUUCAUCGCAGGAAGGCAGCAGCCAAGCGUGCAGGGGAACCAAUCGCUCUUACAUCUUACGAGUUGUCGCUGGAGUUGCGGCUCAAUCACAGCUCUCCGCUUCCCAUGGGUCCAGAACUUCCUUUCGGCGACUUGUCCGAUGAUAAAGAACUGAGCCUCGAUAGCGGCUUCCCCGAGCACAUUGAAACACCUAGCAUGUCUAUUGACGAAACCGACGGUUCGCUACAUCUCCUUUUGGGCGAACCGUCCGAAAACGGGUCAUAUAUGCGUCCAACAUCCGGUGCGAUGACGCUCGACUUCCAGCCGGUGUUCCUCAGGAUUGCGAUAAUCGGGAAAUCCAGGGCGAUGCCUUUGCAAAUUCGACGGGGUUCUCACUCGAAGUAG